UUGAAGUUGAAAAAUGUUGUAUUCAGACAUAAACAUAACCUAUUCAAUUAAACGGAGAGUAUUUGUCAUUUUUUUUAACUGAACGUGAAUAUUGAACUUGAGUUUAUAGAAGAAAACAAUCUGAAAAAUGGUUGUGAUUAAACAAGGUGCCGAGGCAAAGUUGACACUCGGUGAAUUCGGUGGCAAACAGUGUUUGAUAAAGGAGCGUUUUGUGAAACACUAUCGACAUCCCGAUUUGGAUGCACAUCUCACGAAGGAACGAAUGCGCGCUGAAUCGAAAACAUCAGCAAGAUGUCAGGCGGCCGGAGUGAAUGCACCACAAAUCCUUCAUAUGGAUUUGAAUGAACGAAAAAUUUACAUGGAAUACUUUGAGAAAAGUAUUACGGCAAAGGAUUACAUAAAUAAUGUGCUGCCAAAAGUUAGCGAUUCAGCGGAACGAGAACAACGAAUCAACAAAUUGACCGGUGAAAUUGGAACGUGCAUUGGAAAAAUGCAUACAAACAAUUUGAUUCACGGCGAUCUCACCACAUCCAAUAUACUGCUCGACCCAUUGGAGACAGACGAUAGCUCAUUUCGUGACUAUAAGCUUAUUAUGAUCGAUUUUGGACUGUCCAGUUGGAGUCAAAGCAGUGAAGUCAAAGGUGUCGACUUGUAUGUGUUGGAACGAUCCCUGCUCAGCACACAUAGCGGCAUACCGAAUCUAUUCAACUCUAUUUUAGACGCUUAUAAAGCAGCCAACACUGGCAAUUUGACCGAAAUAAUCGCCAAAUUCGAAGAAGUUCGAGCGCGCGGCAGAAAACGCACCAUGGUUGGAUGAAUAAAAGAAUCAUUUAUGUUGUUUUUAAA